AUGGCUGAAGCAAGCUCCUCUUCCGCAGCGACGAGUGCACCAGCGACACCACGCGUCGACUUUUACCAGACCGAUACGGCGAUAACUAUAUCGAUCUUUGUCAAAUCCGCCUCCCACGACUCGCUACAGGUUGACAUUGCUCCGCAGUCGCUUCACGUGAAAGCUGUUUCCUCAAUCACUGGUUCAGAGUACGUCUUGCGCAUCGAUCCGCUCUUCUCUAUUGUCGACGUGUCUACUUCUUCGUACAAAGUGCUCUCAACGAAAAUCGAAGUGAUCUUGCACAAAGCUCAGCCGGGUGUACGAUGGGUUUCGUUGCAAGCCAGGUCUGAGGCCUCCGUAGUGUCUGCUACCACACCGACGUAUGCUCAGUCAACAACAGCCGUUCCAGCUUCCAGAGCUAGAUCCAAGUGGGACAGUUUCGACCCCGACGCAGAGGCAGAUGCAUCGACAGCAUCAGCCGAAAACGGAGAGGCCGAUAUCAAUGCAUUCUUUCAAAAGCUCUACGCUGACGCAGACGAAGACACGAAACGAGCCAUGCUCAAGAGCUACCAGGAAAGUGGCGGCACCACCCUUUCGACCGAUUGGAGCAAAGUAGGCAAGACAAAAUACGUUGCCCAGCCUCCCGAUGGAAUGGAGGCGAAAAAGUGGUAG